GGCUUAGCCUUCCAGAUUACAUCUUGUGUUUUACCCAGCCAAGUUUGUAUUUUAUCAUUUUUACAUAUGAAAUGUCCCCAACUACGCUUGCCCUCAAGAGACUGAAUUGCACACUCAGAGGAAGUAUCUUUUCCAAAUGGGCUGACGAAUGGCAUUGUUUAAUGGCUGGUCAUGUAGAAAUUCUCUAGAAUGCUCCCUUGUUCUACAGAAGCAGGGAGAGAAUGAGAUGUUAGGUGUACCGUUUGUCACUGGUAUACAGAAUUUUUUUUAACAUAAUCUGACUAGAAAUCCUUACAUAAUUUUAAUAGUUGCCCUUCUUAAUGUGAAGGCCCCGGGAACUGGGCAAGUGCAAUUCAGUGGGACUCAGGAUUGUGCUGGAAGGUCCCCCGUUCGCUAAAACAUGAUUUGUAGAUUAAGCUUCAGGACCCUCCUGCGUUUAAAAGUUACCCUUUGUUUUCCAUUACCUGGGGAUCAAGUUCAUAUUUCUUCGCACACCAAGUGUUUGACUCUUGUUCAGCUCUUACAGCUCGUCUCACUUCUAUCAUUUUGUUCCAGCCACAUGAAAUGAGUGGGUGACUAAGCUCCCCCCUUUUCCUCCUUGGGUACAAGUAGUAGCUUUUCCACUCACUUCGGCCAACUCUGCUGUGUCCGCGUUGGUUUAUUCUUGGUGUGAUUCUUCGGUUUCUCGGGGUCGGUGCAUAGUUGUGGUUCUGCUCACUUAGUGGCUGGAUUUCCCCACCAAGAGGUUUGGUUUCGGUUUAGCUCUGUACUGUCUUGCUUCCCUACAAUUUCUAUAGAAAUUACUUACAUGUGGGAGUGCGAGGGAACCAGGGGUGAGUACAGCAUUUACGCAGCCGGGGAUAAACGGGAUUGCAGAACAGAUCCCGCCCGUUAGGUGUCGGCAAAGAGCGGCCGCGGAGGCCCAACCGGCCAGUUGGAAGGCCACGCUGUGCCUUGGGGCUGGGGCGUUCAGCACCCCAAAUUCUUUGAGGUGAGUUACUGCUGGGAGGUGUUGCCGGCUGUAUGACUGGGUUAAAAAGGAAGCUGGAGAGCUGUGACCCGGGUAAAGGCGGGCUGGUGCCUGCGCUCCGGGGUGGAGGAAAGGAGGGAGAGGUGCUGUAUGAAGUGGAUCGCCUUUCUCUUGCAAACGAGGACAGACCGUAGCGCUGUUGCUUGAUUUAACCAUCUCCCGCUCUGCCCCAGGAAGCUAGUUAGUGACCGUGAGCGAACGUGCGUGGAGAGGCACCGUGUCCUCUCGGCCUUUGCACGUAGUGCUCACGUGAAGUGCUGGGGCCUCCGCGGCUCAGAGCCUCACGCCCGGCCUCCGUGCGCGUCUGGGCCGGGACCGCGAACUCGGCGCGAAUGCCCCGGGCUGGCUCCCGGGCGCAGAGCCGGCGGUGUGGGAGCCGCACCCGCCCGCGCGGGCCAUCCUCACCCCCCGGGGCCGUCAGCCGGUGCUCCGUGGGCCGGUGCGAAGGCCUCAGCUCCGACGCACAGCUGGGGCGCGCUCGGCAGUCGACGCGAGCGGAGGAGCUGGAUUUCCGGGCCGCGGCCCCCUGGCCAGCCCGCCGGCUGAGCGCGGACGCGAGCGGGCGGCGGGGCGGGGCGAGGGCGGCGGGGGCGGGGGCGCGGAGAGGUCCCGGAGCGCUUCUCUGCGACCGGCUCUUCCCCUGCGGGCGCCGGGAGCCGCCUUUUCCGCUGGGUGUCACCCGGCGCGGGGGCGGGCCAGUUCAAAAGCGCCGCGAGGGGGUCCGGCCCGCGCCCUUCAGCGAGCGCUCGGCGGAGCGCGGCCGUCGCGGCUCCGGGACCUUGCAGUGCGUCGGGACGCGGCCGCCCUCCUACCGGGACCCCAAGCCGCCGCCGCCCCGCUUCCUGCACGCUAGCCGCCUCUGCGCACUCCGGGCGGGCGGCCGCGGGGAGGACGGCGCGCGGCUGUUGCUGCCCCGGGCCCGCGCGGCGGCCGGCAGGAUGCUGGAGAGCGGCGGCUGCAGGGCGCUGAAGGAGGGCGUGCUGGAGAAGCGCAGCGACGGGCUGCUGCAGCUCUGGAAGAAGAAGUGCUGCAUCCUCACCGAGGAGGGGCUGCUGCUCAUCCCGCCCAAGCAGCUGCCGCCCCAGGGGCCGCAGCCCGCGCCGGGGCCGGCCGAGGCGCCCCAGCCCGGAGGCCCCGCCGUGGCCAGCCUCGAGCCGCCGGUCAAGCUCAAGGAGCUGCACUUUUCCAACAUGAAGACCGUGGACUGCGUGGAGCGCAAGGGCAAGUACAUGUAUUUCACUGUGGUGAUGGCCGAGGGCAAGGAGAUCGACUUUCGGUGCCCGCAGGACCAGGGCUGGAACGCCGAGAUCACGCUGCAGAUGGUGCAGUACAAGAACCGUCAGGCCAUCCUGGCCGUCAAGUCUACGCGGCAGAAACAGCAGCAUCUGGUCCAGCCGCAGCCCCCGCCACAGCCGCAGCCGCUCCGCCGGCCGCCGCACCCGCAGCCCCCCGGCCUCCGGCCGCUGCGGAGCACCUCCGACUCCGCCUGAAAGGGCAGCGCUGGCGGGCGAGGUUUUGAGGACUUGAGCAAGAGGGACGAGCACCUUUCUAUUGUCUUCACUUGGGUUGGAAACAGCAGUCUCCCCGCCCGCGCAACAUCCAGUAGUUUGGACAUUACCAGACUGAGAACUUUAUAGAGUCCUCUUAGUUUUCUGCAUACUCGUCAUCACCACGCAGGAAACGUUUCAGUCCAGAAGGCUUUUAUUUAUGAACCUUUGAAAGGAUCUUCCAGUAUGGUGGACCUUCUAGGAGCAAUGAUGUACUGUAAUUUUAUUUUAAUGUAUUUUGAUUUAUGAUUAUUUAUUAGUUUUUAAAAAAUGCUUGUUUUAAGACAUUUCUGAAUGUAGGCCAUUUUCCAAAAACCCUUAUUUUCAAAAACCUAUUCCCUAGUAAGUUCUAAUCUUGGAAAAGAGAAAAAGGCAAGGGGCGGUGGAAGAGAAAGCAUAAAGAAUUCAUUUGUUAUUUCUAGGGCAUUUUCAGAAGGUCUGAUAGUUUCAUUCUUGUGCCAGGUGGUUGAAAUUAAACUCUGUGAUAUUACAGUUUUCCUUUUUAAGACUUUUUUUAUUUAGACAUGUUUUAUAUAGAAUAGAAGUUUAAAGAAGCUGGGUGUUCAAAAUCGUGUAUAUGAGAAUCUAAUUGCUUUUCUAAAAGGAACUCAAUUGUAAUGAUAUCUAAGUCAAUACGCUUAAAACAUAGCCUAUCUAUGGCAGGGCACCCGAUCUUGAAUACUGGUAGGGCUGCGUCUCCUGUAGGAAAAGCCUUGCUUGUAUCAUCUGCGUGUGAAGAGUUUAAUAAGGAGAUCUCUAUGAUUUCUGAGUAUGAAUGAAUUAGGUGUUUCGUUUCAAAAACCAUAGUGGGGGGAAAAGAGAAUUACUCAACUUGUUUGCGAGAACAUUUGUAUUCUUAUCCACACUAGAGGUUACCCCUUUUCCAAGAGCUUUGCCGACUUCAUCUGAAUCACAUUUUCUGACCCUUUUACUUUGUUCUAGAAGCAUACGCUAGAUAAGUACAGUCUGUCAAUAUUUCAAAUGAUUGGUAGUCAUAACUUUUUUUUCAUACUGAAAAUAAUGAUUGGGGAAACCAUUUUGCUUCUUAUUGCUCUAGGAGAAAUUUGAGGGUUAUCUGUUUUGUCAUGUUAGCUAAACUCAAAAACUGAAAAGGAAGGACUGGGUAAACACUGGAUUUUCAGUAAGAAAACAACCCCAGUCUUGUUUCAGCAGCCACUUGUUUAGGAGCCUGGGUGUGAGAGGAGGGGAUGUGCUUUUAAAGGUAGAACAAACCUCUUCUGUUAAAUCGAUAGGAUGGGUAAAGCCACAGGGCAGAUGCUACUUCAGUUUAAAAAGAGCCAUAGAUGGUACCAAGUUCUCCUGGGGCAGAGCUUCCUGUCUGCAUGGCUUUUCUGAGGGGACUUUGUUUUCUAUUACCUUUUCCACAAGGUCAUGACCAGUAUUUUUCUAGCAUCUCAAUUGGAAUGGUUAGUAUUAGGCCACUGCUAAGUUACAUAGUCAAGAAAUGAAAACAGUUUUAUGCUAGAGAUGUCUUACUCUCCCUCCAUCUAGAAAGGAGUUUCAAGGUCAAAUUACUUUUUAGUGCAAUACUUAAAUGAUGAAAUUUUGAGAUCAUAACUCUAAUCCAAAAAGAUGUGGGGAAACAAAUUCAAGCAAAUGAUAAGCAAAACUUAAGUAGGUUCCCACUUCCAAUGGCUAAGUUGUGGUGAAAAUAACAGCUGCAGAGAUGUGAAGCCUCACACGUACGUGUGAUGGGCAGUUCAGAGAGCAGAUUUGAAGAGUCAGGUUCGCUUGGCUUCUUCAGAGCUACUGCUGUACUUUUUACAUAAUGCCCCGUCAUACUGCGAUUUUAGUAUGUGCAUCAUAUAACCCCACUUAAACCAUAGUUCUGUCCUGAUGGAGGGAUUUUUCUUUAAAAUUCUUGUGCUAUUAAAAAGGUAAAAUCCAUACCAACUACUUUUAAAUUUUAGAUUUUUGUAGGCUUUUAAAAGGCAUUUAUGUGUUGUUAGCUGACAUGUAGUAGGCUAGGUAGCACCAUGGCAAACCUGCCCAGGCUCUCUCGUGGCCGCUAGCGCUGCUGUCCACAAACCCCUCCCUUCAGCAUGGCUGUGGCUCUCCAUGGGGCCACCAGCAUCAGGGUUCUCUGUCUUGUCUUUCCAUAGCCCCUCUUCCUUGGUCUACUGUGACAUUUCUAUGGAGCUGACCCUCUUUAGUGGCUCUUUAGCCUGAACCCUUCUUAACAUUAAACUGUGCAACCUUAGGAAUUAGAAAGGAGAGGAGUAGGAUGGCUUUUGUUGUUUGACUUCCUGAAACUGUUAUGGCUUAAUAAUGUUUCUAGCACAAAAACAAGCAUGUUUAACAAAACCAAAUAUAAAUGUGAAUCACUUAACUUGUCAGUGACUCUCUUCUACCUGUGGGGACUUUAUACAGACCACUUAAGAUAUUAUGAGACCUGACAACUAACCUUCAUGGAAAAAAGAUAAUAUACUUCUUCAAUCCAAGGAAAAGAAGAAGGGAAGGGCAGGUCCAAUAGAAAACCCACCCCUUAAACAUGUGACAAGUUGGAGAAUUAAAGGGAAUGUCCCAUUCGCCCUUGGACUUGUGCUGGCACCACGCAUCGUGCACAGUGAGCUCAGUAACUCUGUUGGGACAAUGAAUGAAAGGAGGACAAAAUGUGUGACUCCGGCAUGCAGGCGGUGGUUUCUCUUGCCUCACACAGCCCUCCCUCACUGGCUCCCACUUGGUCCCUGAGGACUUCGGCUGGGACAGGCCAGCACUGCGGAGCCCUCAGCACCCACACUUUCUCAGCACCAUCCACAGCUCUGCCGAAGCCCUCCAGGGAAUGCUGAGGUCAGAGAGUAAUGGCUAUAAAGGGAGGGCCCUUUCAAGUGAACAUUUCCCUCCUAGAGGAAACGGGUUCUUGCAUGUAGAAAUCAAACCAACUGUGAUGUCCCUUCUCAUGUUUUUCCCAGCCGCAGUGAAAACCCCACCAUGUUGCUUUGGGGAGUAGCCUUCACACUGCCUGACAGCAAACCCUGUUAGGAACCUGACUGAAGUUGAAACGCCUGUUUUAACUCUUCUGCUCUCAAAGACCAAACCUCCGUUUCUCUUAAACACCCCUCAUUUAAAAUUGGGCACCAUUCACAUCUGUUGCCAGCGUGUGAGUACAAACACAUCACUUGUUUCCUGUCCCCCUGGGAAAGUGACGUGGUUUUCGCUUGGCUCCAGCCAUUGACAGUGUCAUGUUCAGGGGCAGGACUAGAGAGAGCCAGGAUGUAAGACUGGAGUGACACAGGAGCAGCCCCAUACCGUGUGAAGCGCUGCAGGAUGAGGGUGGGCUGCUGAGUGUUUGGUCCUUUCUUUUUUUUUAAAAAUGUCAAAUGAAUUGGUUUUCAUUUUUCUGAUAAAAUGCCCUUAGCAGAAUAAAAUUUACGUUUGGGAACUGUAGAGCUUGGUAAUGAAUCCAUCUUUGGUAGUGAUUCUUUGAAGGGAAAUCUACCUUUUUACCAAAAGCUACUUCAGAUGUGUUAAUUGUGGCAUUGUGCUGUAUAUAGAUUUUUAAGAACUGUUUUCUGAAUUCUUGACACAGUUUGAAGGGUGACUUUUUGAUCUGUAGUAUUGAACAGUCAAUCUAGGUUUAUAUAAGAUGGGGUAUGACAAGGUGAUCUGUGACUUUGUUAGCAGGACAUUUGCCCAGUGGAGUAUAAGAUCCAACAGGGUUUUCCAGAAAGGGCAUCCGUGUCCAAUGAAGGGGGCAGAAGGACUCUGGGUCACUAGAGGCAUCUGCAUAAGGAUGACCCCUCCCUGUAUUUCAAUGAUAGGUGGCCCUUGUAGAUCACUGUAUUAAUGUUGAGAAGAAAGGUAAAACUUACCUGUUUCAUUCCACUGUCAGCCUUCUGUUUAAACUUUCAGAAUAUGCAGAUGCCAGCCUCUGAAGAGCAAGCCUCACCAUGUACCAAAUGCUUUACAAACUGUCACAUUUCUUGCAUUUAAUAGUGUGGUCAUAAAUUGUGUAAAUACGUCUCAAAUGAUUUUGGAGAGAUGUGAAUUAUUUUUCAUAUUUUCAAAAUGCAUUCCACUUCAAAUAAAGCAUCUAUUGAGAUGACCAACCUGUG